CACUUUAAUUGUUGUGUUUGCUUUUGCUCCCUAGCUCGAUCUCGAUCUCAUUCGUUUUGUGAGCUCGGGAGAGUUGUGAUAGAAAUCUAUUUCAUUUCCAUGAGUUCUAAAUUAAGCUUAUAUUAUUUUUAUUCGGUUAGAUCACACAUAUUAUGAAGAAUGGAAUGUACCCAUUUGUUAGAUAACGUCAAGGUGGACAGCGACCUCAUCACAGAAGACACCUCAGUCACAAAGAACUGGGAUUGUUCAGAAUGUGCAGCAAAGGAUCAGAAUUGGUUGUGCCUACAGUGUGGGGUGGUGAACUGUGGCCGGUAUGUGAAUGGGCAUGCGAAGCUACAUGCCGAGACUUCGGGCCACCAGCUGUGUAUGAAUUGUGAUAUAUUCUCAGUUUAUUGCUACCAAUGUGAUGACUAUGUAUCAAACGACACAGAAACACAAUCAAUAGACAAAACAAGGCAAAGUAUUAUGCAAAUAAGGAAUGUGACCGACACAAAUAGUAUCCUAGGUAACGAGGAAAACAGUAAAGAUGGCAGCGAGCCGAACAGCUGUUCAUCCACAUCCUCAUUGCAGGAGCCUUCUUCUAGCAAGGAAGUCAAGGGUGCGGACACAACAGAAGCACAGGAGAGCGGGGAUACGGACAAGCGGACCAAAAAUACUAAGACGCCAGAAGAAACAGUGCGAAGCUUAAGACCGCGGUCCCGCAAAAGAUCUCACUCCGAUGACAGCAGUUCGGCGGAGAACGGCACCAAGAGCAAGGAGAAGAAGGGCUCACCCUGCAACGGCAAGACUCAAAGGGAGAAGAAAGUCGUAGGAUUAAAAAAUUUAGGCAACACAUGCUUCAUGAAUGCGGUGCUCCAGAGCCUGAGCAACAUCCAGGAGUUCAGCUGCUACUUCAGCAGCCUGCCCGUCCUCGAGCCCAAGACCAACGGCCGCAAGGUGUACCACUCCCGCAGCUACACCCGCCAGGAGAUGACGGACGUGGUGAUGGCUGAAGAGUUGAGAAAGGUGCUGAUAAAUCUGAACAGUGGAUGCGGCGGCAAAGGAGCAAUAUCACCAGAGUGCUUAUUCCUGGUGAUAUGGAAGGUGGUCCCACGUUUCCGCGGCUACCAGCAGCAGGACGCUCACGAAUUCCUGCGAUACAUGCUCGAUAGGCUGCACACGGAGCUGCUGCAGCUGCUGCCGCCGGCGCGCGCGGAGGCGGGGCUGCCGGCCGCCUCCAUCGUCACCGCAGUGUUUGGCGGCACUCUGCAAAGCGAGGUGCGCUGCUUGGCGUGCGGCGCGGAGAGCAAGAAGCUGGACCCGUUCCUGGACCUGUCGCUGGAGCUGCCCGACGCGGCCGCACCCGUGCCGCUGCUGGACUGCCUCGCUAGCUUCGUUCAGGUAGAAGAGCUAGCGGACACAGAGCGCUACUUCUGUAAUAGUUGCGGCAGCAAGCAGAAGUCCACCAAGCAGUUCCGAGUGCGGCGUCUGCCGCAAGUGCUCUGCCUACACCUCAAGCGGUUUCGCUGGCACAACUACUUUAGGACGAAGGUGGACACGGGCAUCUCGUUCCCGCUGCGCGCGCUGGACAUGUCCCGCUUCGUGCUGGAGCGGCGCCGCGCCAUGCUCUACGACCUCGCCGCCGUCAUCGUGCACCACGGCUCCGGCGCGGGUUCGGGCCACUACACAGCGUUCGCGCACAACUCGGGGCAGUGGUUCCACUUCAACGACCAGACGGUGCGCGCGGCCGACGCGGCCGCCGUGCAGGCCUGCAAGCCCUACAUCCUCUUCUAUAUCCGCCAGGACCGACCGCUCUCCUGACUACCCUGGCCCAAGCCUGGCUCUACCAAACACAAACACGAACACAAACAAGUGCCCGAGGCGCAGGUGCCGUGACUUCAAACUUGCAUAGUUUCAACAAAAACUUCGGAUAAUCUUUAACACCGCACCCUCCGUAAAUGCGAGAGAAGCCAGAAUAUUGUGCCCGAAGCGAAGCCGUGAGUUAAAAAAUUUAAACCAGCGGCCACCAACCAGCCGGGCUAGCACAUGAUUGGCGCGAGAGUAUCUCGCCGCGACAUAGACUACCCGUCCCUCUUUAAUUCAUACAGUUAGUAAAAGACGGGUAGUUCUAUCUCGCGGCGAGAUACUGUCGCGCCCAUCAUGUGCUCGGCCUACAGUUGCAUAAAAAUUUAAAACUUCGGCCCUUAGCGGUCUUCACAUUGGAUGCGGAUCCUCACGCUGCGUGUGCGAGCGGGACAUCGCUGUAAACGUGCGUAGCGCUGUCUUGCUCACACUGGAACGAUAUGCAGAUCCAUAUCAGUUUGAUAACCGCGUAUAGUACAACUGAUAUCGGUUAAACUUCAGCUAAUAAUAGCUCGACUACCUAUAUUUACAUGAUCUCGCGGAUUUCAGUGAUCCAUGAACUGUAGAAAGUUAAUAAAAUGUUAUUGGAAAAGUAAAUAUCGUGCCUACAAAUAGCAUUCACCAUGGCGUUCACCGUGUUUUGGUAUCACAUCUAUUUAUCGUCUUAACUUUGGCAAAUGUAAACAAAUUCUUAAGUAGUAAAAUGUUAUAAUAGGUCUAAAAAUAAAUCAGUGCGAAAACCAAGAAUUAGUCAAAACUACCGUCAACUACUUACUAAAUGAAACGUCUUCUGAAUAAAACAAUUUAAGGUCAAAAGUAUGUACGCAAAUAUUUUGUAGCUAGCUUUUAAAGUAAAUAAUUUCUACUUAAAUCAAAUAAAUAAAUCAAAUUGUAAGACUGUAAACUGUAAGAUAAUUUCAAACUUUUGGAACGGGGUCUUAGACUAAAAAUCAUCAUUGUAUGUCACUGAAAAAUAUGUAUAAUUCUAUCGUUUAUUCAACGAGGUUUUGUGAGUGAGUUAAUCGCUGUGGAUAACUAUAAAAAUCAUUCAUCACUCGCACGUAAUCUAUACCAUUUAGACCUUAAAGGAAUAAUGUAAACAAACAAAACACCGUGACGUGGUUGUUCUGCCAAUAAUAACCUUACUAAUAAAAGGCGCUGAAUCGAUUUGAGUAGAUAAUUUUUUGUAAGAUAGUUUGAGUCCCGGGAAAAGGACAUUGGAUAUGGAUAAUUCCCAUCAUGGAAAUCAUCAUUCUGCGCAGACGAAAUAGUGGACAGAAGCUAGUAAUGCCUUAGUUACGAAAUGUUAAAUUGUACCACUUGGAAUGGGAAAUCAUUUAUGGAGCGGGUAUGCACUUUUGCAGCUUGCUGUACCUCAUUGGCUUUUGUUGGUUUACAAUACAUCCAUUCAAGCUCCAAAUGAAUGAGACGUGAAUGUGUGACGAGUCUAGAUAACAAUUUACAAAAUAUUUAAUAAAAUUUGAUUGAAUGAGGUAUGAGGGCUACCGUUUUUGUGCUCACCAGUUGGCGCCACUGUAGAUGUAGGUCCAGAAAAACAGAUCUCAAAAUUCUUCUAUGCUUAUUUUUAUAAAAUCAAUAUGUUCUAAUACACACAGAGGUAUUUUAACGUCUAAAUGUGUCAUUUUUUCAACCUGUUCAAUUUUGCAUAUAUUUUAGUUGGCACUUUUUUUAAACCACUAACAAUUAUUGACCUAUAUCUAUUGUUUACCAUGAUUAAUCAAAGAUGGACAAAGAUUUACCACAAUUAUGAAUAAGGAGUAAAAAUUCCCGUUAAAAAAGUAUGAAACCCCCCCAAACUUCUAUGCAUUUGACAUUUUGAAAAACCUCCAUCUACACUAGCGCCCCUAGCGAAAUUAAACACGUUAGCCCUCAUUGAGGAUUUUAGGAUGGCAUAUUUAAAUUAUCAAUGAAAUGCAAAUAUGGGUUAGCGGGCCGGUCUCUGACUAUAACAGUUCAAAAUUCUAGUAAAUUUUCGACGUUUAGCGGUUUAACCCUACGCCUUGUGGGAAUGCACGAAGGUUGAUAUUGGUCUGUAGCUUCGCGCGUCACUUAACGUCUUUGGCGGUCAAAGGUUGGAGCAUUAACGAUAUAAAUGAUUUUAUGAAUGUGGUGAUUUGAUAUCGCUGUUUGUUUUGUAUAUUUACCAGUAACCUAACUUUUCCCAGUCAUAAUCUAUAAAAUUAUAUAGAAUCUGCAAAAUUAAAGCAUAUAGACAGGUGACGUUCUAUCGUAAAUAAAUAAAUAACCCUAAUUCAAUAUUGGAUACUUAAACAACCUUUAAGCAAUAAUCAACACCCCAUCUGUCAGUGCUAUGCAAGCAUUUAUGAUCAAGAUCUAUAUAGGUGUCGUUUUCAAUCAAAAGGUACCACAUUGACGCUUGCCAAAAGGUCGCUCUGACAGGUUAUUCGUAUAAAGAUACAAUGGAAUUUCGUCCUUAUGGUAAGCGACAAUGGGUAUCACAUUUUGAUUGAAAACGUCACAUAAUAUGUUAAGUUGUAGUUAUAGAGACAAAUACUCAAAUAAAGAUAGUCUAUGCACUUGUUUUGAAAGUCGACUAUAAAAUAAUUAUGAAUUUGGAGCUUAAGAUCCAUCGGAUUCAAAUUGUGAUUUCUCUAUAUGUAAUGUGAUGCCAUGAGUGCAUUUUGCAGUAUCAGAGAUGAGUAAAUUAUAAAAACUUCUAAUCUGCUUUCCUCCAAAAUAAACUUUUUAUAAGGAGACCCAUGUAUUUUUUACGGCACUUUCUCGCCAGUUAUUAUACAACACUGUAUUUUUUUAUUUAUUUUUUAUUUAAAAGGCACACUAAACAGACAACAUUCAACAUAGUUACAAAGAGUACAUCGAGUGGUAGGUAUUGCAUAAGAAUGCCAUCCAAAGCAAGCAUGCACAGCAAGAAAGAAAUAUAAGGAGCAAAAACUAUCCUAAAAUUAUAAAAAAGUAUCCUAAAACUACUCAAAAUUAUACUAAAUUACAAAUUACAACAUUUCGCAAAUACUUAAUAAUUACAUGUCAAAUGGCGUACUAUUAUUGAGAAGUGUGUUGUAUUGUAUAACACCUAGUGCAAUCUAUCGACAGAACGCAGCUUAGUAUGAAGAUUAGUAGUUUAUAUAUUUGACUUGUCUCUGAUAGUAUAAUAAGUUUUUGUAUGAAUACCAGCGGUAUUAAGCUUGUUUAGUUAGGGGCCAUGGCCGUGGAUUCAGUUUUACAAAAGGAUUUUACAUUCCUGUGACAUUAGCUAUACGCAGUCAACCAAUUUGAAUUCUGUACAGUCAAAUACAUCAAUAUACUUACGUACACAGUUUGCCCUUGUUUCAGUAAGGUGAAGAAAUGUAUUCAUAUAUAUGGCAUUGACUACAUGAUGAAACAGUGACAAUGCAAAUAAUGCAAUGACAUCUCCCAUGAUAUAGAUAUGUGAAAAAGCUUAUAAGACGUAUAUGUCGUGGAAGUAUUUCGACAACUAAGGUGCGUACAAACCUAGCGAAUAUUCCGUGAAUGUUCGGCUAUACAUAUAUUUAUAUUCGCUAGAGCUGGACGCACCUACAAGUAAAUGGGAUGAACGAUUUCCACACUUUUUGUAUCAACUUUUCUUCUUUGACUACAGUCUGGUAAAAAAGAGUAGAAAUCAAAAAGUGGCAACACUGUAGUGUCGUCCCGUUUUUCUUAAAUUGAUUUGAAAGGGACGACACUACAGUGUUGCCACUUUUUAAUUUCUACUCUUUUUUGCCAGACUGUACGUAUAUCUAGUUUAUUAUAUUUCUUUCGUAUUUCCUUUGGAUUUCAUAUUCCUUGUUAAUCUGAUACAGAAUUCAAAUCCUGACCUUGGAAAGAUCACGAGCUAUAGUUUAUUUAUGAAAUCAUGUGUGCCGCGUUCGCGCAAUUCCCUUUGAUGAAUAAUUUGCCGGGUACCUCACGAGCAGAGCCCGGAAUUUUCGCGGCAAAACAAAAGACUGUCGCAAUCUUGCUAGAGUUAGAAACAUAUUUCGAUCGAUAUCGAUGGUUGUGUAAUAAAAGAAAAAGACAGUUAACUAAAUAAAAAGAAUAUUUCAAAAAAAAAUUGUGAGGUUUGUAUAAAAUUAUAUAGAAACAGAUACGUAAUAGUAUACAUAAAUGGCUUUACGAAACUGUUUACUCCCAGAGAAGGUUGAGAAAUGAAUAAUUAUAUACUCCUAUCAAUAUCACAAACCAAAUACAAUGUCAUGUGCUGCUAUGUGUACUGACGUAGAUUUAGAAGAAGAAAUUGCAUGCAUCUGUUUCUUUAUAAUAUAAAAAACCUUACGUAAAUUUUCUUAUUAAAUAUUUUUUAUUAGGUGGACCGUUUUUUUUUCUUCCAUUACCCAAAUAUCAAUAUCGAUAAAAAAAAAAUCUAACUAGCAAGAUUGCGACAGUGUUUUGUUUUGCCGCGAAAAUUCCGGGCUCUGCUUAUGAGAAUAUAGUUUAAGAUUUAUUUUAAUGUACCUAAGUACUUCAAUUACUGGAAGUUGAUAGUGAUUGAAUUUAAUAAAUUCGCCAAUGAAACGA